GUGACGUUUCGCGUCGUGCAUGAGCCACAAGCGCGCCCGGCCAACGCGUCUUCACCGACUUCCUCCACAGCACGCGUCUGUUCGCCGCCCUGUUCCUGCAGAACACGACAACAGACACUCGAAAUUAUGUCAGACAACUCUGCACACAUGUCUCCGCCAGAUUCGCCCGACGUACCACUGGCUGGCCUGGAGGAGGACGAUGGGACGCAAUCAGAACCGAUCGACGUGCCAGACGAUCUACAGAACGACGAAGAGGAGGAGGAGACACAGGAAGGAGAGACAAGGGGGCAGGGCGAAACUGCCACGCGUGACAAAGAGUCUCGAAAACGGGAGAAGGUCGUCUUCGACGCGAAGAGGCAGCCGGGCAAGACGCACCUCCCGAUCGCGAGAGUGCGGAAGGUGUUGAAAGCAGACAGGGAGCUGCCUAUGGUGCAGAAAGACGCCGCGUUUCUAUUCGCUGCGGCUGCAGAGGAAUUCACGAUGCGGCUAGCUGCCGCGGUGGACCGUGUGGUGCAUAGGGACAACCGACUGACCGCACAGUACAAAGACGUUGUGUCCCUCUCACGAAGAGACGAGUUCGUCUUCAUGGAUGAGAUCAUCGCAUCAAUACCGUCGUCACAAGCCAAACGCAAAGUCAAGGACCUGGUGGUUGACGACAAGGAAGGUAAGCGGAAGAAAAAGAAAGUCGGGCCUAUGGACAAGUUCUUGGGCGCGAAGAAGGGCUCGGAUGAGGCGGACGAUGCUCAAGACGAGUCGGAGGCGCAAGUCACUAUGAACGAGGAUGGAACGAUGUCAAUGUCUCUGGAAUGACAAGACUUUCCAUCUGAGGUUGCGAUGUCCUUCCCCAGCGUCGCUUGGAAACCGCUGUCUGUCUGGAGUCACCAUGCCAGGCCACUGCUGGCCACUGGUUGGUCUAUCGUGUCUAUUUAUGUCAGGUGCCACAGCCAGUGUUCAUCGACCUUGAUGGGCUUAUGCGUCGGCGCCCUCCUACGAGCGAAUGCAUGCACAGCGAAUGUAUCUCGCAGAACUGAUUGAUAUACACCUCGCUGGA